CUAGGGUUUCUUGCCAUUGUUGCCCGCUCUCCGUUGCCGCUUCCCGAGAUCACUCAGGCUACCAGUAACAAUGACCAAGAGAACGAAGAAGGCCGGAAUUGUCGGCAAGUAUGGUACCCGUUAUGGUGCCAGUCUAAGGAAGCAGAUCAAGAAGAUGGAAGUGAGCCAACACAGCAAGUACUUCUGUGAGUUUUGUGGAAAGUAUUCCGUCAAGAGGAAGGCUGUUGGAAUUUGGGGAUGUAAGGAUUGCGGGAAGGUCAAGGCUGGUGGUGCUUACACUAUGAACACUGCAAGUGCUGUGACAGUGAGGAGUACCAUCAGAAGGCUGAGAGAGCAAACUGAGAGCUAGAAGGGAUAAGACCCGGUUUAUUCGAAUUUAGAGUGCUUUGGACUGAUUUUUUCCACCUUUGAAGUUGUUUUUGUAUUCGAACCUGUCACAGAGACCAGAUUAUCUUCUCUCUUUUCUAUGUCUGAUCAAGUUUCUGUGUUUUUUUUUAGUUUUGUGUUGAUGCAUGUCUUGUCUGGCAUUGAACUUGUCCUGUUAUUUAAGCAAAUGUCUGAUCUGAGAUAAAAGCA